AGAGUUGCUGCUGAAAGGAGGUGGCGAAGGAGGAGCCGGAGCAGCUGCUGCCAGCCCGCGGGCACUGGAGUCCUGCCCGCUGCCGCACGAGUAGCCACGGGCGCGAUCGGGGCCAAACGUCUCCUCCUCUAUGAUCACUUUGGGAGCGGGGGGAAGACUUUGCCCGGCCGUGAGAGCUGGUCUGCGUUUCCCUGGCGCGGCGGCGGCGGAGCAGCGACAGCAGCCGGGUCCGAAUCGGAGCGGCCACAGCCUGGGGCGUGUGCGCCCCGCGCGGAGCGGGCUCGGGUUCCCCACGGAAUGUCCCCGGGGCGCCCCGCGCGCUGACCCCCCAGCCGCCUCCGCCUUCGGCGCCUGCUGCCUCUCUCGGGCGGGUUCGGUGUUCGGGACUGCAAGCUUCCCGGCUUCUGGGCAGUGGGGAAGCCCCCGGGGGCGGGUGACCUCAGCUGGCCACGACCCAGCCCUCCCCCGUGCGUAUCUCGCUUAAGAUGGCAGCGGAGUCAGGGGAACUAAUCGGGGCUUGCGAGUUCAUGAAAGAUCGGUUAUAUUUUGCUACUUUAAGGAAUAGACCAAAAAGCACAGUAAAUACCCACUAUUUCUCCAUCGAUGAGGAGCUGGUCUAUGAAAAUUUUUAUGCAGAUUUUGGACCUCUGAACUUGGCAAUGGUGUACAGAUACUGCUGUAAACUAAACAAGAAACUGAAAUCAUACAGUUUAUCAAGAAAGAAAAUAGUGCACUACACCUGUUUUGAUCAACGGAAAAGAGCAAAUGCGGCAUUUUUGAUAGGUGCUUAUGCUGUUAUCUAUUUAAAGAAGACACCAGAAGAAGCCUACAGAGCACUCCUAUCUGGCUCAAACCCCCCCUAUCUUCCGUUCAGGGAUGCUUCCUUUGGAAAUUGCACUUACAAUCUCACCAUCCUCGACUGUUUGCAGGGAAUCAGAAAGGGAUUACAACAUGGAUUUUUUGACUUUGAGACAUUUGAUGUGGAUGAAUAUGAACAUUAUGAGCGAGUUGAAAAUGGUGACUUCAACUGGAUUGUUCCAGGAAAAUUUUUAGCAUUUAGUGGACCACAUCCAAAAAGCAAAAUUGAAAAUGGCUAUCCUCUUCACGCCCCUGAAGCCUACUUUCCUUAUUUCAAAAAGCACAACGUGACGGCAGUCGUGAGGCUGAACAAAAAGAUUUACGAGGCGAAGCGCUUCACAGACGCGGGCUUCGAGCACUACGACCUCUUCUUCAUCGACGGCAGCACGCCCAGCGACAACAUCGUGCGGAGGUUCCUGAACAUCUGCGAGAACACGGAUGGGGCGAUCGCGGUUCACUGCAAAGCUGGUCUUGGAAGAACAGGGACAUUGAUAGCCUGUUAUGUCAUGAAACACUACAGGUUUACACACGCUGAAAUAAUUGCUUGGAUCAGAAUAUGCCGGCCAGGCUCCAUUAUAGGACCCCAGCAGCACUUCCUGGAAGAAAAACAGCCAUCGUUAUGGGUCCAAGGAGACAUUUUCCGAUCCAAGCUGAAAAAUAGACCAUCCAGUGAAGGAAGUAUUAAUAAAAUUCUUUCUAGCUUGGAUGAUAUGUCUAUUGGUGGAAACUUAUCUAAAAUACAAAACGUGGAAAGAUUUGGAGAGAAUAAUUUAGAAGAGGAUGAAGACGUGGAAAUGAAAAAUAGUAUAACCCAGGGAGACAAACUACGUGCCUUAAAAAGUCAGAGACAGCCACGCUCCUCACCGUCCUGUGCAUUUAGGUUGGAUGAUAUGAAAGGGCACCCAAGAGCAGUAUCCCAGCCUUUCAGAUUGACUUCGUCCCCACAAGGAUCUGCAACUACUUUGAAGACCUCGAAAGUGGCUUUGUCCCCUUCAGCGACGGCCAAAAGGAUAAACAGGGGUUCUUUGUCCUCAGGCGCCAGUGUACGAAGCUUUUCCAUAAACUCCCGGCUAGCCAGUUCUCUAGGCAACUUGAACGCUGCGACACAGGAGCCAGAGAACAAAAAGUCCUCCUCAUCCUCUAAGGCGGGUUUCAUAGCCAGCCCGCUCACCAGCCUCUUGAACGGCAGCUCCCAGCCACCUGCCAGAAACUACCCUGAGCUCAACAACAACCGGUACAGCCGGAGCAACAGCAGCGGUGGGGGCACCCUGAGCAGCCAGCCGAGCCCACACGGCGUCAAGACCGAGGAGCACCCCACCCUCCUCCGGCCCUCCUACACCGGCCUCUCUUCUUCCUCAGCGAGAUUCCUGAGCCGUUCAAUCCCCUCCCUUCAGUCUGAAUAUGUUCAUUAUUAAGGCCCCGCCACUCCAGUGAAAGCACUCCGCUCUUAGACACAAGGUCGUCAUCUGCAUGAGCAAUGUAGAGAGAGAGCAGCUGAUUGCCGGAGGAGUCUUUCUGCCUUCUUACGUUAAAUUAAGGAGAGCGCUAACAUAAGACCUUGGAGAGACUUGAAACCAGAAAACUCUGGCUAAUGACUACUCUAAAUGCACUGAAACUGGGUUUAUGGAGCUGUCAACACUUUUUAAGACAGUUUUAAUGUUGAAUUUGGUAUCUCAAAAGGUUAUUUUUAAUGUAUUUCGGUAAUACAUUUGUUAUGACAUUUACAUAUACAGUGUUACAUUAUGUAUGUAUUGUGAACUUUAAGAGACUAUUUUGAUAAAUUUAUAAAUAUAUAAAAUUAUGUAAAAACUAGACUAUAUUUUGACUUAGAUUUUUCUUGCUGUUUGCUACCGAAAAUUUGUAUUUUGAAUUUGUUUAGUAUGGUUUUGUCUACAAUGAAUACAUAAUUCCUCUUUAUGAAGAAAAAAUAAGGGAGAGAGUUUUUAGAAAGUGAUUUUUAUGUUCCCACUGUGAACGUGACACAUCAGUUCAUUCUUUUGGGAAGUCAGUCUAAUAUGAUGAGUUUAUCCAAGCUGAUCUCUGGUGAGAGGAGGAUGAUCGGUUGAUAUGGCUUCUUUAGACCAUUUCCUUUCCCUUUGUUUUUGUUGCCGGGCCAUUUCAUUUUGCAUCCUUGUGGGGCUUUAACACAAUUUAACAUCAGUUGGAGAUCAGAAUUCACUGAAUGUUUCUCCUGAAAACACAGCUUUUCUCUAUGUGAAAUGAUUCAACAUUCCAAAUGCCUUUAUUUCUUUCCUCCUCUCACAAGAGCCCUGACCCCAGUUAGGACAUUCUGCGUUUGGUACGAGGUUGUCGGCUCUAACCACACACGGUCCAGCACCCGUUUUAAAUCAAUGAAGAGAGAAAACUGAAAAAAAAAAAAAAAAGAUGCUGCUAAGUAGUUCUCUGUAUCAAAGGAGAUAUGUUUGAAACAGAUGACAAACACCUAACACACAAGCUAGCGUAUCAGAAGCCUGACAUGAGAACCAAGGGACUCCUUGCAGGUACUUAACGGCCCAUUUACUAAGUGUAAUCUUGUGUUUCGGCCUCGGAAGCCCGGAGGCUUUGUUUCUCUGGGCAGUUGGGAAGCCUUUGAUGCUGCUUGUUGAUGCUGCCUUAGAACGGACUCCUCACACAGUUAAAUGGAUCCGUAUCAAGUGCUCUGCUCGCCACCACUGAGUUCUUCAUAAAUCUAUUUAUUAGGAGGGGGUACCUUGAGGCUGUUACACAUGCUUCAGCAAAACAGCGCGUUGGUGUUUUCUAUUUUAAAAAAGGCAUUUGAAUUACUGGCUCAGGUUCAUGACUUAAACUUCAGUAACUGCAGUACCAAAUAAUUGCACUAAAGCUGACAGAAAAAAAUGAAUUGUAUGUUUUAGGAGUCAAAAAUUAAAAUAAGUGGAAUUAAAUUGUAUGCCUUUUCUAAAGCCAAAAGAGUAAAAUAUUUUAUUAUGAGUUGUGGAAAAAAAAAAGAUUGGUUAGUUGUAUAGGAAGAUGAUAGUAUUUUUAAAAUUCAUCAGUGAAAAGUAAUUCAGACGAUGUUCGAGAAGUGGGGAAAAGGGAACCAUGUUGACAGUUUAAGUUCUGUGAACACUAAUUUGUGUGCAGCUAUUAAAAUGAUUGUAAAAUUGACUACUAUAAAUUUUCCAUAAUUAUGUGUGUAUAUUAGUCAUGUGUAUCUACAUGUGUAUGUCUUAAAAUUAUUUGUACACAUGUAGAUACUUAGACAAACCAAGAAGUGUAUGUAUAUAAUAUAGAAAGUAUAUAGCAAAGUAAUUCUACUCCAAAAUAAAAAUUGUUGACAUGUAUUUUGUUAUGAAUAGUUUACCUUCCAAAAGAUAUUUUGUUCUAUUUUAAAGUGUAGAAGAAUGCACUGCUAAUUAAUAAUAAAAGUUUUAUGCAAUUUAUGUUUUCCCUGACUUUUAUAAUUUGGAUUUUGAGUUAUCAAUGUACUGAAGUCUCUUUGUAAUUUUCUAUUUGAUCUGAUCUGGUUGGUGCCUUUCAAGUGUCUCAAGCUCUCCAUUCUGGAUUUUUAGUUUAUCUUUUAUUGACUUUCCAGGUUGUGGCCAUUUUCUGAAGUAUAUGACAAUGAGCGCAAAGAAAUCUUAUCCUUUGCCUUUCACAAAAGUCAGAUAAUGUCGGGCUCUUGCUGUCUUUCUAAUUUUCCUUUCUGUUAAUAAAACACUGAUUGUGAUCAGA